ACGCUUGGUGCCUAGCGAUAUCACUGCUCGCGCUACAGGCGCCGAUGUCCAGCUCCGUAGACUAGCAUCAUCUUUGUAGCCUUCGAAGCACCUGCGACCAGUCAGGUAGCAGGCUCAUACCUAACAACGAACGCACGGGCUCGUUGCUGUCAAACCGCCAUCACCGCGACAGCCUCGCGUCACAAGGCGACAGUCAGUCCAGCUGUACAUCUACGCAUCAGACAUAACCAGUCAUCAUGUCCAACUCGCCUCUGGACCUCUACGCCAAGGGCACUCGUGCCUGGUUUGAGGACACCAAGGAGGGCUGGAUUGGAGCAGAACUCGUCGAGAAAGAUGUCCAACAGCCGUCAAAGGUCGGCGUCAGCGGCCAGGGCUCAGUCAAACUGGUUUUCAAGGACGCCAAUGGCAAGGCUCAUGUGCUCGAGACAACGCUCGAUGACCUGCUCAAGACGAAUUGGGCAAAGCUGCCGCCCUUGCGCAAUCCUCCACUGCUCGAGCAGACCGAAGACCUUACCAACUUGAGCUAUCUCAACGAGCCAGGGGUGCUACAUGCGAUCAGGACUCGCUAUCAGUUUCAGCAGAUCUAUACCUACUCUGGUAUUGUCCUAGUCGCCGUCAACCCGUUUACGGCAGUAUCGAUGUAUUCGGACGAGUACGUACAACUGUAUGCAGGCAAGAAGAAAGGCGAACUCGAUCCGCAUCUUUUUGCCAUUGCCGAGGAUGCGUACCGGUGUAUGAUCAGGCAAAAGCAGAACCAGACCAUCAUUGUCAGCGGCGAAAGUGGUGCAGGCAAGACAGUGUCUGCCAAGUACAUCAUGCGCUACUUUGCCACCGUUGAAGAUCCCGAACAACCCAGCAGUAGGCGAAAGAACUCUUCCAAAGACGGCAUGACAGAUGUCGAGAGACAGAUUUUGGCGACCAACCCCAUCAUGGAAGCGUUCGGUAACGCAAAGACGACACGCAAUGACAACUCCUCUCGCUUCGGCAAGUAUAUUGAGAUCCUCUUCGAUAACAAACAGAACAUCGUUGGCGCAAAGAUCAGAACAUACUUGCUCGAGCGCUCGCGACUCGUCUAUCAGCCAGCGACCGAGCGCAAUUAUCACGUCUUCUAUCAGCUGUUGGCCGGCGCGAGCUCCUCAGAUAGAGCGGCGCUCUCCCUCGAUCACCCUUCAAAGUUUGCUUACACGAACGGCGGAGGAGCUGGCUCAGAAAUCAUCACCGGCGUGGACGAUGCAGCUGAUUUCGCCGCGACACAAGCAGCACUCAGCACAGUCGGCAUCUCUUCAGAGCAGCAAUGGAUGAUCUUCAAAGUCCUCGCCGGUUUGCUCCAUCUAGGCAACGUCAAGAUCACUCAAGUUCGAAAUGAUGCUGUAUUGGCAGAUGAUGACCCUUCUUUACUACUGGCCUGCAAGUUGCUCGGUAUUGAAGCAGGCGAGUUCCGCAAGUGGAUCACGAAGAAGCAGAUCGUUACGCGAAGCGAGAAAAUUGUCACCUCGCAUACCGCUGCCCAAGCAUCUGCAAUACGAGACUCGGUCGCAAAGUACAUCUAUUCCAGUCUCUUUGAUUGGCUUGUCGGCGUCAUCAAUGACAGUCUUGCAAAGCCGGAUGCAUUGAAGCAAGUCGCCAACUCGAUCGGCGUACUCGAUAUCUAUGGCUUUGAGCAUUUCGAUAAGAACUCGUUUGAACAGCUCAUGAUCAACUAUGCCAAUGAGCGACUGCAGUACAAUUUCAAUGCGCACGUCUUCAAGCUCGAACAGGACGAAUAUGUCGCCGAGCAGAUCAAUUGGAAGUUCAUCGACUUUGCCGACAAUCAGCCCUGUAUCGACAUGAUCGAGGGCAAGCUUGGCAUCAUGUCGCUGCUUGACGAAGAGUCCCGGUUGCCGGCCGGUACAGACUCAUCCUUCGUACAGAAGCUCUACAGCCAGCUCGGUAAGCCAGAAUACACCAAGGUCUUCAAGAAGCCUCGAUUCGGCAACAGUGCCUUCACGGUCAAGCAUUAUGCGCUCGAUGUCGAAUACGAAGCCGAGAGCUUCUUGGAGAAGAAUCGCGAUACCGUUCCUGAUGAGCAGCUCAAUGUGCUGUCGCAAACGACCAACGAGUUCUUGAAGGAUGUCUUCGACCGUGCGGCGACGGUUGCACUGGCAUCGAAGCCCGAAGCUACCAGCGCCGUUGUCCCGAAACGCGGCGGUGCAGUCAAGAAGCCGACACUGGGCUCGAUUUUCAAGCUGUCCCUCAUUGAGCUUAUGAAGACCAUCGAUGCUACGAAUGCGCACUACAUCCGAUGCAUCAAGCCAAACGAACCCAAGAUUGCAUGGGAGUUCGAGCCGAACAUGGUUUUGGGCCAGCUACGUGCUUGUGGUGUGCUCGAGACAAUUCGCAUAAGCUGCGCUGGCUACCCUACCAGGUGGACCUUUGCCGAGUUCGCAGAGCGAUACUAUAUGCUCUGCGGAUCAGAGCAUUGGGGACCCGAUAUUUCGGGCUUGUGCGAUAUCAUUCUUCGUGGCACGAUUCAAGAUCACGAUAAGUACCAAGUCGGCAAAACUAAGAUCUUCUUCCGCGCCGGCAUGCUCGGCUACCUGGAGAAGCUGCGCGGCGACCGGCUCAACUACCUAGCGACGCUACUACAGAAGAACCUGCGAAGGCACAUUGCAGUCAAGAAAUACAAGUCCAUGCGCGUCGCGACUAUCGGCAUUCAGGCAACAUGGCGUGGCAUCCUUGCGAGGCGGGAGCUACAGCGACAACGACAGGAAGCUGCCGCCAUCGCGAUUCAGCGCUACACUCGAGGAUAUGUGCAGCGCAAUGCCUACCUCAAGACGCGCACAGCUGUCACUCGGAUUCAGGCUCUCGUGCGUGGGCGCACUGUGCGUGCCAAAUUCGCUAGCACCAAAACGGAUCAGGCUGCAACGCUGCUGCAAAGUUUGCUGCGAGGCAGGAUUGCCCGUGCUCGGUUCCUGCACGAAAGACGCCUCGUCAUCUUACUACAAAGCUGCACACGUCGACGCGCCGCGAGGAAAGAACUGCUCGGUCUUAAGCAAGAAGCCAAAUCGGUCUCGCACUUCAAAGAAGUCUCGUACAAGCUCGAGAACAAAGUGGUCGAGCUCACGCAGACAUUGCAAAAGCGGACUGCCGAGAACAAGUCGCUGCAGGUCCGCGUGCGAGACCUCGAGACAUCCAUUGCAAGCUGGACGAGCAAGCAUUCCGAAGUCGAGACGGAGGCUCGCGCUCUGCGGGCGCAGGCAGCAGUACCCAGCAUUCCGCAAUCUGUCUUUGAGACCUUGCGCGCUGAAAAGGCAGAACUCGACGAGCAGAUGCGCGUCUCUACUGCUACUUUGGCGAAGAAAGACUCGCAAAUCACCGCGCUCGCUCAGCAAUGCGAAGCACUGAAUGCAGACCUUGCGUCAAAGCAAAAAGCGCUCGGCGCGUACAUGGAACGCAACGGCUCGGACGAGACCUCGACCAUUGCAACUCUUCGCACAGAGCUGGCUGUCUUGCGCGAGCAACUCUCACGCACAGUUAACAACACGAAAGGCAGACCAGAUGCACCUCCUGUAUUCGCACCUUCUACUGGUAAGUUGAACGGCGGCUAUGAUCAUGGCAUGACGAACGGCACGGGCGCCACUCCACCGCGACCGAAUCGUGGGCGUCGCAAUAGCAUGGCACGCAACAUGGGCACGGAAGACAUCGCUACGAAUGGUAUGCACUACGACGAUGCGCCGAGAGGCGUCCAGGCGAGCUACGAUCAGCUCAAUGGACAAGUCGCUCGGUCGCCGAGACAUCAAUACAUACAAGAGCCGGAGCCAGAGCCAGAAGAAUUGGCAGAAGAGAUGAUGGCGCUACUCGAGGAAGAAGAACCGCUAGAUGAAGACAUCUUGAUCGGCAUCAUCCGUUCACUCAAGAUCCCACCUCCUUCGUCUAAUAACCCGCCACAGCCAAAAGAAGUUUUGUUCCCAGCACAUCUCAUCAGCUUGGUAACGAACGAAAUGUGGAAGUACGGUCUGAUGUCGGAGAGCGAACGCUUCCUGGCAAACGUCAUGCAAACAGUACAACAACACGUCAUGUCAUUCCACGGCGAAGAUGCGAUCAUACCUGGCACUUUCUGGCUUUCCAACAUUCAUGAAGUUCUGUCGUUCGUUUGUAUCGCAGAAGGCGACAUCCUGCAGGGCAUUGGGCCUGGAGCCGAAGGAGCAGGAAGAGAUUUUGAAUGGGAAAACUACGAGCGAUUGGUGCGAUUAGUCAAGCACGAUCUCGACAGUCUCGAGUACAACAUCUAUCAUACUUUCAUGCAAGAGACGAAGAAGAAACUGAAUAGGAUGAUCAUACCGGCUCUCGUCGAAUCGCAAUCUUUGCCUGGCUUCGUCUCGAACGAUUCAGGCAGCGGACGCUUCUUCAACAGGAUCGUCGGCGCAAGCACUCAGCCUACGCACAGCAUGGACGACAUACUCAAUUUGUUGAACUUGGUCUGGAAAUCACUCAAGAGCUUCUACAUCGAGCACAGCGUCGUACAGCAAGUGGUCACUGAGCUGCUCAAGCUCAUCGGCGUCACGAGCUUCAACGACCUACUCAUGCGACGUAACUUCUGCUCUUGGAAGCGGGCCAUGCAAAUUCAGUACAAUAUCACGCGGCUCGAAGAGUGGUGUAAAGCUCACGACAUGCCCGAAGGCACGCUUCAGCUGGAACAUCUCAUGCAGGCGACGAAGCUCUUGCAGCUCAAGAAAGGGUCGCGUGAUGACAUCGAGAUCAUCUACGAUGUCUGCUGGUUCCUCACGCCAACACAGAUCCAGAAGCUCAUCUCCCAUUACCAUGUGGCGGACUACGAGGCUCCCAUUGCGCCAGAGAUACUGCAAGCAGUUGCAGCGCGAGUGGUACCUGGUGACAAGAACGAUCAUCUGCUGUUGCCGCCAGAGGUCGAAGAAGCUGGCCCAUACGAUGUACCCUUGCCGCGCGAGAUCACGGGCAUCGAGACUUACAUCCCGUCGUUCUUGCCGCUUCCGAGAAUCCGCGAGAUCGUCCGUUUGCUCACUUAGCAUACCCCCGCAGUCUAGACGUUCGUGUACGAUUGCAAUGUACACAUCAUGACUCGCGAACCGAGAGAUUGUUGCUAAUC